AUGUCGCUGGCCGCAGUGUUCACAGCCAGAGAAUUGAACGUCUCUGGAGAGACGUUCCCUGGUUGUGUCCACGUUUUCUAUCAUCUCUUUUAUGAGAUGGAACAAUGCGGAAUACUUGAUCCCUCUAACGAGCUUCACCUGUUUGCUCUUCAGUUUGCCUAUGUUCCAAGAAUUAACAGGAACCUGCAAAUAUUUGCUGAUGGGCAUAACAGGGCCCCUAUUUCUACAGAGCAUGGAAAGUCCCCUUGGCAGUUGUGGAUCUCUGGUGCUGUAACUGCUUCAAACAGAGGAAUUGAUGACUUUUGGAAUCAGGUUAGUUUCCUUUCUUACAAU